UUGUGACUUAUCUGGCUAGUGUGCCGAGUGAGGACGUGUGCAAACGUGGCUUCACUGUUAUCAUCGACAUGAGGGGCUCCAAGUGGGACCUCAUCAAGCCCCUGCUGAAGACUCUGCAGGAGGCCUUCCCUGCUGAGAUCCAUGUGGCCCUUAUCAUCAAACCCGACAACUUCUGGCAGAAGCAGAAAACCAACUUUGGCAGCUCCAAAUUCAUUUUUGAGACAAGCAUGGUGUCAGUGGAAGGUCUGGCUAAGCUGGUGGACCCCUCCCAGCUGACGGAGGAAUUCGAAGGCUCCCUAGACUACAACCAUGACGAGUGGAUAGACCUCCGGGUCUCUCUGGAGGAGUUCUUCAACAGCGCUGUUCAUCUGCUCUCUCGUCUUGAGGACCUUCAGGAGAUGUUGGCCCGCAAGGAGUUCCCGGUGGAUGUGGAAGGCUCUCGGCGGCUCAUUGAUGAACACACGCAGCUCAAGAAGAAGGUGCUGAAGGCCCCCGUGGAGGAGUUGGACAGGGAAGGGCAGCGGCUGCUUCAGUGCAUUCGCUGCAGUGAUGGCUUCUCUGGACGCAACUGCAUCCCGGGCAGCGCUGACUUCCAGAGCCUCGUCCCUAAGAUCACCAGCCUCCUGGACAAAUUGCACUCGACCCGGCAACACCUGCACCAGAUGUGGCAUGUGCGCAAACUCAAACUGGACCAGUGCUUCCAGCUAAGGCUCUUUGAGCAGGAUGCUGAGAAGAUGUUCGACUGGAUCAGCCAUAACAAAGAGUUAUUCCUCCAGAGUCACACAGAGAUUGGAGUCAGCUACCAACAUGCCUUGGACCUACAGACUCAGCACAAUCACUUUGCUAUGAACUCCAUGAAUGCCUACGUGAACAUCAACCGCAUCAUGUCUGUGGCCUCCCGCCUGUCCGAAGCGGGUCACUAUGCUUCCCAGCAGAUCAAACAGAUCUCCACUCAAUUGGACCAGGAAUGGAAGAGCUUUGCAGCUGCCCUAGACGAGCGCAGCACCAUCCUGGCCAUGUCGGCCGUGUUCCAUCAAAAAGCCGAGCAGUUCUUAUCAGGAGUGGAUGCCUGGUGUAAGAUGUGCAGUGAAGGUGGCCUCCCAUCUGAGACACAGGACCUAGAGCUGGCCAUCCACCACCACCAGUCCUUAUAUGAGCAGGUGACACAGGCCUACACUGAGGUCAGCCAGGAUGGCAAAGCUUUGCUGGAUGUAUUGCAGCGGCCCCUGAGUCCUGGCAACUCAGAGUCCCUGACGGCUACUGCCAAUUACUCCAAAGCUGUACACCAGGUCCUGGAUGUUGUCCAUGAGGUGCUGCACCACCAGCGAAGGCUUGAGAGCAUCUGGCAGCACCGGAAGGUCCGUCUCCACCAGCGGCUGCAGCUCUGUGUCUUCCAGCAGGACGUGCAGCAGGUGUUGGACUGGAUUGAAAACCAUGGUGAGGCCUUUCUCAGCAAACACACAGGUGUUGGGAAGUCCCUGCAUCGAGCCCGAGCCCUACAGAAGAGACAUGAUGACUUUGAAGAAGUUGCUCAGAACACAUACACCAAUGCAGACAAGCUCCUAGAGGCAGCUGAGCAGUUGGCACAGACUGGGGAAUGUGACCCAGAGGAGAUCUACAAGGCGGCUCGACACCUGGAAGUCCGAAUCCAAGAUUUCGUGCGACGGGUGGAGCAGCGGAAACUCCUCUUGGACAUGUCUGUCUCCUUUCACACGCACACCAAAGAGUUGUGGACAUGGAUGGAGGACCUGCAGAAGGAGCUGCUGGAAGAUGUGUGUGCCGACUCAGUGGAUGCCGUCCAGGAGCUGAUCAAACAGUUCCAGCAGCAGCAGACGGCCACUCUGGAUGCCACGCUCAACGUCAUCAAGGAAGGAGAAGAUCUUAUUCAGCAACUCAGGGACUCGGCAGUGUCCAGCAACAAGACGCCUCAUAACAGCUCCAUCAGCCACAUCGAAUCCGUCCUGCAGCAGCUCGAUGAAGCCCAAGUGCAAAUGGAAGAGCUUUUCCAUGAGCGCAAAAUCAAGCUGGACAUCUUCCUACAGCUCCGGAUCUUUGAGCAAUACACUAUUGAGGUGACGGCGGAGCUGGAUGCCUGGAACGAGGACCUGCUGAGACAAAUGAACGACUUCAACACCGAGGACCUGACUCUGGCGGAGCAGCGGCUACAGCGUCACACGGAGAGGAAGCUGGCCAUGAACAACAUGACCUUCGAGGUCAUCCAGCAGGGCCAGGAUCUGCACCAGUACAUCAUGGAGGUCCAGGCCUCAGGCAUCGAGUUAAUCUGUGAGAAGGACAUUGAUCUCGCAGCCCAAGUACAAGAGCUCCUGGAGUUUCUCCACGAGAAGCAGCAUGAGUUGGAGCUUAACGCAGAUCAGACCCACAAGCGUUUGGAGCAAUGCCUGCAGCUCCGGCACCUCCAGGCUGAGGUCAAACAGGUCCUGGGCUGGAUCCGCAAUGGGGAGUCGAUGCUGAAUGCCAGCUUGGUCAAUGCCAGCUCUUUGUCAGAAGCUGAGCAGCUUCAGCGGGAGCAUGAACAGUUCCAACUAGCCAUAGAGUCCCUCUUUCAUGCAACUUCCUUGCAGAAGACGCACCAGAGUGCCCUGCAGGUGCAGCAGAAGGCAGAGGUAUUGCUCCAAGCUGGGCACUACGAUGCCGAUGCCAUCCGGGAAUGCGCCGAGAAGGUGGCGAUGCACUGGCAGCAGCUGAUGCUGAAGAUGGAAGACAGGCUAAAGCUGGUCAAUGCCUCUGUGGCCUUUUACAAAACAUCUGAGCAGGUAUGCAGUGUCCUGGAGAGCCUAGAGCAGGAAUACCGGAGAGAUGAGGACUGGUGCGGCGGACGGGAUAAAUUGGGGCCGGCAGCAGAGAUAGACCAUGUCAUUCCACUCAUCAGCAAACAUCUGGAACAAAAAGAGGCUUUCCUCAAGGCAUGCACGCUUGCCCGAAGAAAUGCUGAAGUGUUUCUGAAGUACAUCCACAGGAAUAAUGUCAGCAUGCCCAGUGUGGCCAGCCAUACCAGGGGACCUGAGCAACAAGUGAAAGCCAUCUUGAGCGAGCUUCUUCAGAGGGAGAACCGAGUGCUACAUUUCUGGACCUUGAAGAAGCGACGAUUAGACCAGUGCCAGCAGUAUGUGGUGUUCGAACGCAGCGCCAAGCAGGCACUCGACUGGAUCCAAGAGACAGGCGAAUAUUUUCUCUCAACACACAACUCCACUGGGGAGUCCACAGAGGAGACUCAGGAACUGCUGAAAGAGUAUGGAGAAUUCAGGGUGCCCGCCAAGCAAACAAAGGAGAAAGUGAAGCUUCUGAUUCAGCUGGCUGACAGCUUUGUCGAAAAGGGCCACAUCCAUGCCACUGAGAUCAGGAAGUGGGUGACUACAGUUGACAAGCACUAUAGGGACUUCUCCCUGAGGAUGGGGAAGUACCGCUACUCACUGGAGAAAGCCCUGGGAGUCAACACUGAGGAUAACAAGGACCUAGAGCUGGACAUCAUCCCAGCAAGCCUCUCAGACCGGGAGGUCAAACUACGGGACGCCAACCAUGAGGUCAAUGAAGAGAAGCGGAAAUCGGCCCGGAAGAAAGAAUUCAUCAUGGCAGAACUCCUCCAGACAGAAAAGGCAUAUGUAAGAGAUUUACAUGAAUGCUUAGAGACAUACCUGUGGGAAAUGACAAGUGGCGUGGAGGAGAUCCCCCCUGGGAUUCUUAACAAAGAACACAUCAUCUUUGGCAACAUCCAAGAGAUCUACGAUUUUCAUAACAACAUCUUCCUCAAAGAACUGGAGAAGUACGAACAGUUGCCUGAGGACGUUGGACACUGCUUCGUCACCUGGGCAGACAAAUUCCAGAUGUACGUCACCUACUGUAAAAACAAGCCUGAUUCCAGCCAGUUGAUCCUGGAGCAUGCAGGCACCUUCUUUGAUGAAAUCCAGCAGCGCCAUGGACUAGCCAACUCUAUCUCUUCCUACUUAAUCAAGCCUGUUCAGAGGAUCACUAAGUACCAACUGCUCCUGAAGGAACUUUUAACCUGCUGUGAAGAAGGGAAAGGGGAGCUCAAGGACGGCCUGGAAGUGAUGCUCAGCGUUCCAAAGAAAGCUAAUGACGCCAUGCAUGUCAGCAUGUUGGAAGGGUUUGAUGAGAACCUGGAUGUCCAGGGGGAGCUGAUUCUCCAGGAUGCCUUCCAAGUAUGGGAUCCCAAGUCUCUGAUCCGGAAGGGACGGGAACGGCAUUUGUUUCUCUUUGAGAUCUCUUUGGUGUUUAGCAAGGAAAUCAAAGACUCUUCAGGGCACACAAAAUAUGUUUACAAGAAUAAACUACUGACCUCAGAACUGGGUGUGACCGAGCACGUGGAAGGCGACCCCUGUAAAUUUGCCUUGUGGUCCGGACGCACACCUUCCUCAGACAACAAAACCGUAUUGAAGGCCUCCAGUAUUGAAACCAAGCAGGAGUGGAUCAAGAACAUCCGAGAGGUGAUUCAGGAAAGGAUCAUUCACCUGAAGGGUGCUUUAAAAGAGCCGAUACAGCUCCCUAAGACACCAGCCAAACAGAGGAACAAUAGUAAGAGGGAUGGAGUAGAUGACAUUGACAGCCAGGGGGAUGGGAGCAGUCAACCAGACACCAUCUCCAUCGCUUCCAGAACCUCCCAGAACACAGUCGACAGUGACAAGCCCAAGAGAGUGAUUUGGAGGAUGGCCAGGGUACAGCUGGAUGGUGGGAACGUUAUCCACGGUGCUUUCUAUGGUGAUAUGACCUUUCUCCCGAGGGGACCUGUUUGGAAUCCUGGGACUCAGUCCCCCAGGGCAGAGGCAACGAGGACAGAGUGUGUGAAGCAGUUUGGAGAGGAUGUGUCAAUCUUGGCGACGACACGGGACUACAGCAUUGCUCCUCGGUGGCACCUGGGACCUGGGGAUCCUUUCUCCACUUACGUUUAGCGCACAGCCUGGGACUUGUCCCUGCAGCCUCACCGGGUUAGCCGUGCCGCCGUUGGGACCUCCCGCCUGGACUCCCACCACCCACUCCUCUUGGGACUGCCCCUGCAGGGCUGGUGUGGGUGCAGCCACAUGCCUGGUGGGAAACAUGCUCCAGGCAGAGCCUGCCCCUCCUGGGCCGUGGGCUCGUCCGGUGGGCUCCCCUGUUCCAUGGGUCCCCUGUUCUGCCUCUGGGUGCAAUUCGAGGUUUUCCUCUACAAAGCUUGACAUGGUAUAGGUGCUGGGGACCAGAGACAGGCUCCAUGGCCCAAUGUGCCCUCAGCAUCAUCAUCCCACCCCACCCAGGUCCAGGGUUCCACUCUAGUGAGCGACAGAGCGGGAGGGUGGGUCAGUGAGAUGGGGAGGAGUUUUCUGAGGUUUUUGUCCCCCACUGGUCUCCUACCCCUCUACACAUCAACCUUCCUGAACCUAAGGGACAACCCAUCACUCUGACCAAACCUGCCUCCUCUCAUAUAGUGGGAAAUGAUGAGAAAAGGGGUAGUGGGGUGGCAGAGGAGGUGGCAUAAGGGUAGAGCAGAAGGGCUUAGCCUAGCCUUACCAAAAGUUUGCCAAAAUCAUUCAGCCAUAGAAAAUCUAUUUGCAUCAAUCCACCUGUAUUUUCCAGUAUCCCUCUUCUGCCUCCCCUUGUAUCCAGAUCCCUGUGUUUAGAGCUCCCCCCCAUUGUCUCUUAGCUUCAAAUAUAC